AUGGCUUCAACUGAAAAUUUGUCAAAUGCCGUGUCCGGUAAUUAUGACAAUGAAUUUUUGUGUUCAUUACAAUCAUUAUUAGGUAUAUCAGAUGUUGGUCAUGUAACACCACCAAAAACACUCCAUCUACCAUCAAUAGUAGAUGAAUCAUUUCUGAAUUCAUUACCAAAUGUGGUUAUUCAUAAUUUAUUAAAUAAUGAAUCAAUAAAUUAUUUAAUGAUGAAUCAUACCAGCAUAAUUUUGAGUAUUUUCGAUGUCCUGUUAAUUAUUAUGUUAUGCUUGACCAAUGCGUCUGAAUAUGCUGAACAUUAUUCACCAAAUUUUGAUUUAAUUUUUAAAUAUGGCGAUGAUUUAAGACAGGAUAUGUUAGCGUUACAAUUCAUUCAUAUGAUCGAUAUGAUUUGGAAAGCGAAUGGAUUAAAUUUAAAUGCAUUAUGUCGUUGGAUUGUCAAACAUAAUCAAGAAGAAGCGCGAUUGAAAAGUGCAAUCGAACCAUUUACACAAUCAUAG